UGCAACACAUCUGCAAGUCACCAAGUACGAAGUUCACAUUUUGAGGUUAUAAUUUUGAAAACCCAAUUUUUCAUUAAUAUUCUUCUCGCUCUCGCAGUGUAGUACUAUUUUUGUAACAGUCACAACCAUGUCGGUGUGGAAAAAAGCUUCCAAAGUCAAUCAAAAAGUGCAUCGGGAAAGAAGUCAACCAGCAGAUCGACAACAAUUGGGUUUGCUCGAGAAACACAAAGAUUACAAAAAGAGAGCCGUCCAUCACAACAAUCAAAAGCAUGUGUUGCAUUCACUGCAUAAGAAGGCUCUUGAUAGAAAUCCUGACGAAUUCUACCACCACAUGAUUAACUCGAAGGUUCACGAGGGUGUACAUCACGAACAUGAAAGGAAAGAAGAAGACACCCCGGAACAGAUACAACUGAUGCAUAGCCAAGACAUAAAAUAUGUUCAAUUCAAACGCACUCAAGAGCAGAAAAAAAUAGAACGUUUACAAGCGCAGUUGCAUCUUUCAAGCGUUAACCAAAACAUUGCCAACAGUCAUAAAAGGUUUAAGCGAAACACGACGGAUACGAGCUUAGUUAAGAACAAUUUGGAACACUUGUGCAACUUUAAAAUCCCGGAUGUUAACAUAACACGUUUAAAAAAUGCGGCAAUAACAAGAAAACAAAAAUAUAUGGAGUUAGCGAAACGAAUAGAGCGUGAAAGGGAAUUGAGUGUUAUUCAAGAAAAAUUGCAUAUUAAGAAACAAAUAAGUGGAAAAAGUAUUUUAAAACCGAAAAGAAUGCGAAAGGGAAGUAAGGAUUCUGCGCCUAUUUACAAAUGGAAAUAUGAAAGAAAACAUUAAUUUUAGUAUUCUGUAAACCAAUACUUCUUUUGUAUUAUUUUAAUAAAAUUGUUCUUGUAUCUGUA